AUGUCUUUCCUCUCCCGAUCAACCCCUCUCCUCCGACAGGCUGGCUUCACUCACCAAGCGCCACGCCUCUUCUCUACCGCUGUCGUCCUCCGCAAGGGCCCAAUAGAGACCGGCAAGGAUGCCUUGAAGGCCGUUGAUCGUACGAUUUCGGACGCUGCUGUCAAGGGUAUUGAUAAGGGUGUUGAACUCAAAGACAAAGCCGCAGACACUGUAGGCACGAACGCAUCAAAGGCUACUGAAGCCACGCAAGACGCUGCGCAGAAUGCACAGUACAAGGCGGGUGAUUUGGGGGCUGAAGCUCAGGGAAAGGCAAAUGAGAUUGCAGGCAAGGCCAAGGGUGCUGCUGCUGAGGCUCAAAGGAAGACUUCUUAA